CCCCCCCCUGCGCUCUGCCCCACGUCAGGUGGUGUUCCCCUGCGGGCCAAUCCAACAACAUGGCACUCCCAGUGAGAACCCAUGCUUCGUUCAGCCAUGACCGACAGUCCGUCGCCGUCUGGUCGACCGACCGCGCGUCUCCCACGCUGCAGGUCUUCAGCCUUGACCCCUUCCAGCGGUCUUACUCCAGCAGGCCCGACAGUGAAAUUAGCCAGGUCGCUGAGAAUGGCCUCGCGCAUGUGGCCCUCUCCUCACGGCUGGUGGCAUUCGUCUCCCGCGGGAGCUCCACCCGGUGGUAUAUCUACAACAUGUCGAAAGAUGUCGUCGUCUAUGAGGCUCAAGUGCCGACGCCGAUCCGCGCGCUGCAACUGAGCGGCAAUUUCCUGGCCGUCUGCCUGAUGGCGCGUUUGAUUAUCUACGACCUGAACCAGCCCCACCAACGGCCGGUCAAUGUACAAGUGUCCCCCGGUAGGACAUUCCCCAUUGCACCGCCAGGGGUGACUUUCAGUGGCCCCGACCCGGCGGCCUCGAAGGCCGGCAUGCCCUCCCAACAGCCGGGCAGCCAGCCGCCGGCCGCGGGCAGCUCCACCUGGACCGGGCAGUCGGCCUCGCCGCCGGGGCCAGCCGGCUAUGGAACCUACGCCGGUGGGCCGGCCGGCCCCGGUGGCACUGGCGGGACCCCGGCCCGUGCGGCCAGUCUUCCCACCGCCGGUGCUGAGUAUGGCCACGUUGCCAGCUCGCCGAGCAUCAGCUUCUCCUAUGCCUCGGCGCUGGCCAGCUCUGCGAGCUCGGCCUUCGGCCCGGUGUAUGUGCAUUUGGAUGAGCUAGAGGAUGUCAUCUUGCCGGAAUCCGGCCCGGUGCCUGUGCACCUGUACCAGAACCGGACUUUCACCUCCCCGUGUGCCUUUGCCCUGCUGAGUCGCCGUGGCCCGGAGGGCGAGCCCUCGGAUCCGAGCCCUGAUGAGGUCGACAUCCACUCGGCUCAGGUGUUGCUGGCGUACAGCCGAGGAAGCUGCGUCAUCGUGGCUGAUGGCCUUACCGGGCGCAGCCUCCUGUCCUUCUCGGUGGAUGAUAGUCUCCCCUCCGGCGCCGCCGGGGCCGAUGCCCAGGCUACGGCCCCCGGCUCAGGGCGCACCCAGUCGGCUCCGACAUCUGGACCAGGCAGCGGCUCCUUGACUGAUCGUCCCUGUGACGAGGGGACAUUCUUCGUGGAGAACCUCGCAUUCAGCCCGUGUGGCACCAUGCUCGCCGUGGCCACGCACUACGCCACCUCGGUCACGGUGUACGACUUGCCGAAGAUGGGCCAACGCGCGUCGGGGCCGGUGGCUCGCUUCGCCCGUGGGGCUCGACCCGCGCGGCUCAGCUAUCUUGCAUUCUCCUUCACGUCGGCGGUUGACUCGGGGCCCCGGCGUCCUGGCGACCGGGCGACUGCCUCCCACCACGUGGAGCCUGCACUAUACGUGCUCGCUGCCGCCAGCCAGCGGCCAACAGUUCACCUCUACCGAGUUCCCACCGGCGGCACCGGUGCCGCCGGUGGUGCGGGCGCCGGGGGCGCUGCAUCCAGCACCUCUCCCAUCAGUUCGCCCACCGGUCCUCCAGGACCGGGGGGUUCGCCGUCCAAAGCCGGCUCCUCUGCCGAUCACACUGGCGCGACUCCACAUGCUACCGAAGUGAGCUUCCCGUCGCCCUCGACAUCCGGCGUCCUUGGAUACGUGGCCUCCUGGUUGCCAUCGGCCGCCCGGGCAUACAUCAUGUCCGGUCGAGUGACUGCACGCGCUCGCCUGCCUGCUGGAGUGACCUCCGUGGCGGCGUGCCUCGACUCGCACAUGCGCGUCCUCCAUGUGGCCACGGCCUGUGGUCGCCUUUACAAGUAUCGGGUCGGCGAGGAUGACUCCUCGGAAUGCGUACCAACCGAUGAGAAUCUUCUCAUCGGUCGAAAGCUUGUUGUGGCGGAUGACGAGGACGAGGAUGGCUUCCUGGAGAUUGAUGCCUCAGAUUUCCAGUGAUGCUCUCCCGCCAGUCUCGUCAGCCUGCCGGUGUCUCAGCUCGCCACUGCCAGGGCCUCCUCCCCCUUAUAUGUCCUUGUGUUUCACCUCCCCCCGGCGCUGGUGUCGUGCGGUCGCUCCUUUGGGGGCAGGGCGCGGAGGUUCAUGUCCCCACCGCCGCGCAUGCUCCACCCCCGUGCCACCCCCAAUCGAAAUACACCGUCCCUCCGUGUCUGGGGAAACUCACCACACCGAA